GAUGAUGUUCUCAAAUGGAUCAGCCUUGGGAGCUCUAUCAUCAGCCUUGAACAAUUAGGACGGAGUUAGUAGUUGUAUACUGUCAAACUUAUUUUUGACUUGUGGUUCGGAAGCCUCCUGGAAUGGAAUUGAGGUAUAUUUGAUGUUCUGUUUAUUAAGCCUCCACAGAGUAGUGCACAUUAGGUGUUCGACAGAAUGCCUUCUGUCAGAUAUUUGCAACUUCUACCCUUUUGGAAAUUAUGGUUAACCGACUUCCCCAGACUUCAAUUAAUUUGGCGUAUGGAAAUUCAAUUAAUUCAUAAAUUCAUAAAUUCAAAAUGAUGAUGAUGAUGAUGAUGAUGAUGGUACACAUAGAUGAAGAAGAGUAUCCCUCCUUGUCCAAAGCUAGCAUCAUAAGCACUAAACCCAACCACUUGGGCACUGGUUUGGUUCAGAUUUCAGUCCCUCCUGUUGCUGAAUCUCUUCCAUCUGCUGCUACGAAUCACCUGCAGAACAAGUUCACGAUGCAAUAGCACGAGAGAAAUGUAUCCAGCAUUGGAUGAGAAGUUUGUAACGGGAACUGCUCUGGCUGAUAAAGUGCUUCUCAGGCAAGUUUCUUCUCAGGAGUUUGCAGAGAAGAAGCAUCUUGAGAGCUUCUGGUGUGUGAAUUCUGCCACAGUUCAUCAUCUUGAGAGCAUAUGUAACCUACUAGUACUGUACAAGAACCCCAAAGAUGGAUGAUCUUAAGAAAGGUAUACAAUGGCAGGGAGAACCCUUCUGGAGGUAAUGAAGGGGAAAGGAGCAACAGCUAAUAGCCUAAUUCUUCGGCCUGAACUAGCACAGAAGCCACGAAGCAACUUGGUAGCACAGGAUUACUAGUAGAUCAUCUACCAAAGCACAUGGCGGGUAAGGUUGCACCAGGUGGAGCCAUAGACUAUUGGUUGGAGAGUGCUGGUUUGGUCAAUGUGAGGGAAGCUGGAGCGAGUGAUCCUUUUUGCUUUCUUGUUUUGAAGUUGAUGGUGCGGGUUUCUAGUUCGGGAUCGCAAAAUGGUCGAGUUGGAUUUCCUUUGCAUUAUGGUAAUUUGGCUGCGAAUGAUGAAGAGCACUCAGCUGCUACAAAUGGUUCAGCUAAUGGUAAUCAUUGGAUUCUAGCACUAACACCACCGCUAAUAGCACCGCCAUCGCCGCCACCACCUGAUGCUGUUAAUCGGGUCCGCUUAAAAUCAUUAUUGUUGAAGAGGCACAGACAGACUGGAAAAAGCAGUUUUGUAUCCAGAAAUUUAGACGCCCAAGUGGUCAAUAUCGAUUCCACCAGAUACCUUCAUGAUGGUGUGAUGAUUAUGCUGGACGUAACUAACUUAGAAACUCUAGAGAGAUUACAAUUUUGGAUCUGCUUUGUUGUAUGGGUAAAAGGUAAUGAUUUUCUUAAUCGUUUUGCCAUUCUUGGAAACAAGAAUGACUCUGAUGCGAAAGUGAUUGAACCGCAGAUGAUAGUUGCCCGUUCUGGUAAUCAAUACAUUGAGGUUUUGGCCAUAACAAAUGAAAAUAUGGAAGAGCCGUUCGUAUACCUUUUGCAAGAGUACUUUGGCAGGCCCGAUCUUGAGUUGGCAGUGCCCAGCCAGCUCGCGGAGCCACAUGUUCUGGUUCCAGCAGCGCCAUUAGUACCUAAUGGGAUCGUUAGGUUGACUGCUGCACUCCCCACAAAUUUUAAAUGGGUAUUGGAGCAAGUUAAGCUCAAGCUAUCAGCUUAAAGAUCCCUCAUGGGGGACAUGGAAGAAGUAGCUAAUGUUCAACAACCUCCACUCUUGAGGGGACCAAAUUAUAAUUUCUGGAAGGGGCGCAUGAAGACAUUCCUCAAAUCACAACGAGGAAGGGUCUCGAGGAGCAUUGAGACUGGCUGGAAGCCACCUGUGAAGACAUUUGAAGGAUCAAAUGUCAGAAUUCUCAAAGCAUUUGAGGAAUACAGCAAAGACGAGGCGGCGGCAGCAGAAUGCAAUGACAAAGCACUAAACGCCUUGUUUGGUGCAGUGUAUCGCUCACAGUACAAACUUCAAAUAAUACUCAGCCCUCAGUCAUUGUAAACAAAAAGAAUGAAGUGACAUAUUCCUGGUGGCAGAUGGGGGGUUGUUUGGCAACUUCUGAAUCGGUAAGUGCUGAACUAGUAAGAGGUCUGAACCAUUAAGUACUGAACCAGUAAGAGGUCUGAACCAUUAAGAGCUAGUAUAUUGCUUAACUAUUCAGAGGCAAAUGUCUGAUCAAUUCAGAUAAGAGGUCUUAACCAUUCAGACUCUGUAUAAUACUUAACCAUUCAGAAGCAAAUCUCUUAACCAUUCAGACAUCUGAACCAUUAAGAGACUGAAACAAACAGUCUGAACCAUU